CCUUUUGCUUUGCUUGCCCGUCUCACCUUUUAAUUAUUCUUAUUCUCACUGCCACUCUUUCGCUUGCCUUCAUGUGUUUUUUCAUAACUACAACUAUAAGCUAAAACCCAGAUUUCUAAUUCUCUCUCUUGCUCCCAUAAUGCUUUGUAGUAGCCGCUGUUAGUGUUUAUCUGGCGUUUCGACCAUCUUUUAGAGUUCCAGGCAUAUUUAAGUGAUUAUUCUGUGCCUCCGUGCGUGAUAGAAUUGUUCAUGUCUCUUUCAGUGAGCCCCAGUGGUCAUCCCAUUCAAGAGCGUGUAAUUUGGUAGCUCAAGCAGAAAGUAAUCUUUCCUGUGACCCAAAUAUAUGUAUGUGUUUUUCUUUGACCAUUGACGAUUGUCAUUAAAGAUCCAUGGAAAAGGAGAAUAAUAUAACCCUCUCAUCUGCUGCUACUAGGGUUCGGCAGCGGAAACGAUCUAAUGAGGUUAUUCCAGAACCUAGCAAAGCAAAUGGUGAAACUUUUCUUGUUGAUGACCGUAACAAGUACAAAUCAAUGUGGAUCCGGACAUACUCUACUGUUUGGAUGAUUGGGGGUUUUGCAUUGAUUGUCUACAUGGGUCAUCUCUAUAUUACAGCUAUGGUGGUGGUUAUCCAAAUAUUUAUGGCGAGAGAACUAUUUAAUCUACUCAGGAAAGCACAUGAAGAUAGGCACCUUCCAGGAUUUAGGCUAUUAAAUUGGCACUUUUUCUUCACUGCAAUGUUAUUUGUAUAUGGUCGCCUUCUCAAUCAACCACUAGUCAAUUCUGUAACUCCGGACAAGUAUUUGUAUCAGUUUGCCAGCAGCCUUAUCAAGUAUCAAAUGGCUAUCUGUUACUUCUUGUACAUUGCAGGUUUUAUGUGGUUUAUUCUUACAUUGAAGAAGAACAUGUACAAGUAUCAGUUUCGCCAGUAUGCAUGGACGCACAUGAUUCUGAUUGUGGUAUUCACACAAUCAUCCUUUACUGUGGCCAACAUCUUUGAAGGGAUUUUUUGGUUUCUUCUUCCAGCAUCUCUUAUUGUUAUCAAUGACAUUUUUGCUUAUAUAGUUGGGUUCUUCUUUGGAAGAACACCAUUAAUUAAAUUAUCUCCAAAGAAAACAUGGGAGGGAUUUAUUGGAGCUUCUGUUACAACUACGAUCUCUGCAUUUGUGCUUGCAAAUAUCUUGGGUCGUUUCCAGUGGCUAACCUGUCCAAGGAAGGAUUUAUCAAUUGGUUGGCUUCAAUGUGACCCGGGCCCUUUGUUUAAGCCAGAGUAUUAUACUUUACCAGGAUGGAUUCGUCAACUGUUACCUUGGCAAGGGAUCUCUAUUUUGCCAGUUCAGUGGCAUGCUUUAUGUCUUGGCUUGUUUGCAUCAAUCAUAGCACCUUUCGGGGGCUUUUUUGCAAGUGGUUUCAAAAGAGCUUUUAAAAUCAAGGACUUCGGUGAUAGCAUUCCGGGGCAUGGUGGAAUUACAGAUAGAAUGGAUUGCCAGAUGGUGAUGGCGGUGUUUGCAUACAUCUAUCACCAGUCAUUCAUUGUGUGCCAAGGCAUCUCGGUUGAAAUGAUCUUGGACCAGAUCUUGACGGAACUUGCUUUCGAGGAGCAGCAAAAUCUUCUCGUAAAGCUCGGGCAGAUCUUGCAGGAAAGACUCGGACAUUCUUAAAUACAUGGUUUUGAAAAUGAUUUUGUAUAUGGUGUUGCGAUCUUGGUUUCCAUUUGCUUUAGACAGAGGUAUUCUUUAUGUUUUCACUUUGUACAGUGUAACAUUAAGGCAAUUAAUCAUCGAUUAAUAUACAUGAAACCUUAAUAGGGAGUU